AUGCGCGGGUCGGUGCGAACGCGCGCGAGUGAACCGAGCGCCCUGGGGGGACGCGCGCGGUCACCGCAUCGAACGAGCGCGCAGUGGGACCGCGCGAGAGGGGCGAGCGGGCGAAACGCCGGGACGAGCGCGCUGAGCCGAGGGACGACGAGAGAGCCGAUCGAGAGGGAGAGUUUUGGAAGAGGCAUGUCGAGCGCACGCGCGCGGAGCUCGAGCGUGGGCGCGAGAUCGGGUGCGUGCGUGCGGGGAAGGACAACGCGAGACGCGAGCGGUAUACGACACCGCCGGGCGGCGACGAGGACGGGAGCGGUGAAUCAGGAGCGACGGGGUGAGGUCACCAUCGACCUCGAGCCGCGUGAUGGUCCCGCGAAGGAGCAGUUUUACUCGGAAUCGUUCACGGUGACGCAGCGCAUGCGAGUGGACAACGAACUGAGCAUUCGCGUCGAGACGAACGGUGUUCGAUACAAGGUGACCAUCAUGACGGAGAUGGAGUCAAGUAAUUUGCUCUUACACUGGGGAAUAGCCGAGUCGAAAGAUCGUUGGGACGAGUGGAAGUGCCCUCCCGAGCGCCUCAGACCGAAGUCGACGCAGGAAACGGUGGGCGUUUGUCAGACGCGUUUCAGCACUCUGCCGGCGGACCGUUUCGCCAAGGACAAACUCGUCACGGUCAUCGAGGGCGAAGUCAAGGACGAGAUUUACGCCAUUAAUUUCGUUCUUUACGACAAAAAGCUCGAUCAGUGGCUCCACGAUUCCCAGGGAGGGUUCUGGCAUGUCACCUUGCCUCAACCGCCGGAACCAGAAAUAAUUAAGCGCACCAUCACUCUGCUUGAGGACUUCGAAGAACCGUACGAGGUGGAGGAAGAGUACGAAGUCGAAGACGACGAGGAAGAAACACUUGAAGUUAGCGGUGGCGCUAGUGUGGCCACCGCUCAAGGUGAGGUGAGCGCGCCGAUUGAGGAAACGGCGGUGUCGCGUUCGACGACCUCCAACGACGACGCAUGGCGGCGUCUGAUGACGCCUCCCGUCGAACCAAAGCCUUUUAACGCCAACAAGGAUGCCUUAGACGCUAUUGCGAACGAUUUGCUAGGGAAAAUCAAAAAGCACACCAAGUCAUCAGCGCCGGUUGAGGAACGACCCGAAGUUCAGGAGCCAAAGGUUGAUGAGCCCCCGCCUAAGCGCAAGUUGAAGAAGAUGAAAACUCUGAAACGAAAAGUGACCAAGAGUGUCACGAAGCGCAAGGAGGUCACACGCGAAGUUGAGGAAAAGGUACCGGUACAAUUGGUGGAGGGGUCGUGGAUUUUCACCAUUGACAGGAAAGAAAAUGUGCAGAACGAACGAGAGUGCCAAUUCACGAUUGGUGCGCUGGUAGAGAAGGAUCGAAAAGGUGGAGGGGUUCGAAUGCGCGUGGAGGCUGAAGUUCCUUGGGAGGCAGUCUUGCACUGGGGUAUCGUCCCUCGCGGUGCGCGUAACGACAUGUGGUCUUUGCCUCCGGAAGAAUGGCGACCACAAGGCACAGUCGUGUACAAGGACAAGGCUUGUGAGACGCCGAUGUGCAAAUUUGACGCUCCCCUGAUGACGACGAAACCCAUCAGUUUCGUUGAACUUGAGUUGGGCAACGCGCCGACUCAGGUGCGCUUCGUGCUCAAGGAGCAAGGAGGUGGCAAUCGUUGGGUUGAUCUCAACGGCGCCGAUUUUAUCAUUCCGAUGCCGGAGGCUUUCUAUGACCCACCAACGCCCACGUUGGAUCGUUCGCCAACCAUGGAAGAGAUCGUCGUUGCCGAAGCCGCUGCCGCUCGCGCGGCUGAGAUGAAUUUGGAUACUCUGACUGAGAUUGAGAUCGAGCCAGUAGCGUUUGAGACCCCAGUGCAGACCCCAGUGCAAACUCCCGAAGAGAAGAUCUCGAUCGAGGAAGACUUCGUGGCGGCCCCGGCUCGACCUCAGAAGUCUGCCGUUGGUAAUGGUCGAGAAAUUCUUCUCCAAGGUUUCAACUGGGAAUCUUGCAAGAACGGGGCGUGGUACCAAAACGUCGAAAGGCUUGCACCGACCAUCGCACAACUUGGAUUCUCCGUCAUCUGGUUGCCUCCGCCAACAGACAGCGUCAGCCAAGAGGGAUACAUGCCGCGUGAUUACUACUGUUUAGAGUCGCGUUACGGCACGAAAGAUGAGCUCAAGGCGUGCAUCAACGCGUUACACGAAAAUGGUGUAUUGGUUCUUGGUGAUGCUGUACUGAACCAUCGAUGCGCGCACUUCCAAGACGACAAGGGAAUUUGGAACAGGUUCGGCGGAAAGUUGGCGUGGGACGCGAGAGCCAUCGUGUCUGAUGAUCCAAAUUUCCACGGUCAAGGCCAUCGCUCCGAUGGUGACUUUUUCCACGCGGCGCCAAAUGUCGAUCACAGUCAAGCGUUCGUCAAGGCUGAUCUCGAAGACUGGAUGAGCUGGCUGAUGAGGGAGGUUGGUUACGACGGGUGGCGUCUCGACUACGUGCGAGGUUUCUGGGGAGGUCACGUGAAGGAUUAUAUGGAAGCGACGAAUCCUCAGUUUGCGGUGGGCGAGUACUGGGACGCCCUUUCGUACAAGUACGAUAACCCGGAGUACAACCAAGAUGCUCAUCGACAACGGAUUGUGAACUGGCUGAACGCUACUGGAGGCAACGCGAGCGCGUUUGACGUUACCACGAAAGGUAUCUUACACGCCGUUUUCGAACGUCAGGAAUACUGGCGCCUUUCGGACCCGCAAGGGAAGCCUCCGGGCGUCAUGGGCUGGUGGCCGAGUCGAUCGGUAACGUUCAUCGAGAAUCACGAUACAGGAUCGACGCAAGGUCACUGGCGAUUCCCGCGAGGUAAGGAGCUUCAGGGAUACUGCUAUAUCCUCACGCACCCCGGCACGCCAACCGUCUUCUGGGAUCACAUGUUUGAUAAUGAUUGGGGACACCUACAUAAACCCAUAGAGGACAUGAUUCGCAUCCGAAGACAGUCGGGUAUACACUGUCGCAGCGAGGUGAAAAUCGUCAAGUGUGAGCAAACGAUGUACGCCGCGGUUAUCGACAACAAUUUAUUGAUGAAGAUCGGCCCCGGCCACUUCAGCGCCGACGGUAACUGGGAAUUGCAACUGUCCGGACAGGAUUUUGCAAUCUGGCGUAAAAAGGGAGCCGCAUCGACGCGAUGA